CUUUCCGCCAAUUGUGUCAUUCGCCCGAUCGUGCCGAGCUGCACCAACUUCAGCUGUCACGGGCAAAAGAAUCCACCGAGCAAAAGAACAGCUCAAGGGAAUAAUAGACACGCCCUCCCCUGUCUGAUUAGGAGGAAUAAAACCCUGCCAUCUCCAGCCAAUUUUUUCGAGAUCGCAGAUCAAUCAAUCUUUCUUGUGUCAAACCAGCACACCAUACAAACCUCAUCGCCGCCAUGUCGAAACUCAUCAGUACCGUCGUGCGCAGCAUUGCGCUGAUCUGGACCUUGAUCAUCACGGCCCUCAUCGGCAAUGUCAUCGCCUCCAACCAAAAUGGCCACAUGCUGUCCAUCAACUUCACCAUGUUCGUCGCCGCUUGGUCUUGGGUUGCCUUACUCUAUGGCAUGUUUGCAACCUUCAUCGAAAGCAUCGCCGCGCCCUUCCUCAUCCUCUUCUUGGACGGCAUUGCCACUCUGCUCACCUUCAUCUGCGCCAUAGUGUUGUCCUCUGAGCUGCGUGCUCCCAACUGUGGCAACAUUCCCAACCAGCACCUGCCCGCCGACUGGAUCGGCUUUGGCGAUUACCCUCAUAAUGAGAAGAGGUGCCGCGAGAUUCAGGCCAGCACUGCUUUCAUGUGGUUCCUGUGGGUGUGCUUCACUGCCAUCUUCAUCUUCGGCAUCAUCGACGGUCGGACUGGGGGCUUCGGCGGUGGUUCAUCACGAUUCUCUCGCUCCAGUCGCUCCAGUCGCUCCGCUGCUCCCGCACCUACCAUGUCUCAGGUUUAAAUGGUCUUGCUGGGAGCCGUACUCUUAUUUGAUGAGCGUUCCUACACGCACGUUCUUUCAUUCGCUCAGCCGAUAUGAAAACAGCACUGCUGUCUUAUAAUAGUUGGUGUCGUGUCCCCGGUGGAUGCCAUCUAGCAAACGAGUGAGCUGGAUUCUUCACUUCAAAAAUGGUCUUUACAACAGCAGCGGGUCGGGGAAGGAAGAUUUUGUGCGUAUCGGUCAGCGGGGGUUGGCUAAUGGGAUAUGAACUUGCGUGAAAUUAAUACGUACAUUUAUGAAAUCGAUAUUUGGUAUUGGAUUCGUAUUGGCAAAGGU